AUGGCCGUUAUCUCUCUUCGUAAUGUUGUUACCUCUGUUCCCAAGGGGCAUCUUCGACGCAAUGCGCCUAUAACUGCUCUUGUUGUUCAUCGUCGCUUCGGCUUUUCACACUCUCUUAUUACGUUUGUACAACAAAAAACAAGUCGUACAUUCGCUAUAACCUCUUGCCCGUGUCACAACCAACCGAAAUACCCCAGAUCGCCUUUCGAUAUUCCUACUCUCGGUUGCGAAACCCGGGAAGGAAAGGCUCAGAUCAUGGGUGACAACGCUCUACUGCCAUCCGAGCCGCCGGCAAAUGAUCCAAACCCGAACCCGGCCCCAGUCACGGUAAAGGAAGAGGAGAACCCUUUCCCUCUUACGGCUGUCGACAAGUGGGUGCUGUCACAGACAGAUGAGGAAUUCAACUAUCACUCAUGGGAUGAACUGCGCGUUCUUAUCCAAAACAAUGACCUCUCCGUCCUCAAACGCAAGCCGUCCGAUCUCCGGCGCUAUAUGAAAUGGACAGCCGAGACCAAGGCCUCGUACGGCAGCAUGACCAACUACCUCCUCGCCCACCGCCUGCCCAAGACAUGGGGCGCACCCCCCUUCACGCCCGUCUCUGACGUCCCCUUUGCCGAAUCCUCCGACUACUGCGUCCUGCGGAAUGACUGGCCGUACGGCUUCGAACCGGGCAUCACCCACUUGGUGGUGUGGACGCGCACCCCUAUCGCGGUGGAUGAUGAUCAGGGCGAUAUGACGCCUGAGAGCCGCAAGAUCGUCGGUGAUUUCGUGAAGCAGUACUUUGUAGAUCGGCUGGGACCAGGUGGUGAGGAAAAAGUGCUGUAUUUCAAGAACUGGGUGGCGUUGCAGAGCGUGAGAGCGCUGGAACAUGUUCAUGUGUUGGUGAAGGAUGUUGAUCCGGUAUUAAUCGGGGAGUGGACCAAGGAGCAGGAGUGGCAUAAGGCGUAGGUGACCGAGGUCGUAGUUGGCAAUGGCGGCGAUGUGUGUAGUUGAAAGAAAGUAGAAUAGAAGUUUGAUAGACAGUGCAAAGCGGCUAG